AGUUUAAACUAAAACUCGCGAUAAAAUUGAUUGUUACGAAGACGCAAAUUAAAGACCAACACGAAAUAGAAACAAAAAAGGACAAAUGAUAUAAAAUAGUAGUAUCAUUCUGUCUUGGGCCAUAAAUGGGCCCAGACUCAUUUCAACCCGCCGGCAAUAUGACCCACAAACCAUUUUGCCGGCCCAAAUAUCUACACUUCUUUGAUACUUCUAACUACCAUUCAAAACAAAAUAUUAUAUAUUUUUUUUUCAUUAUAACAAACCAAAAAAAAAUUUCCAUCAAUCUUAUUUACCUUCAAAUAUCCAAAAUUUUCUCUCUCUCAAAAAAAAAAAAUGUUAACAUCUCCGGUUCACGAUGACACGACCAUCUCCUCAGCGUCUGCACCUGUCAGCUCGACCACGUUAGAGAUAGGAGAAGGAGAAGUUCGUGUUAGCAUGGACGCGGAGGUGGAAACGAACAUGUACAAUGUACAUGCCUCAUUUUCAUCCUCUACUAAGCCCCAUGCAACGUGUAGCGAUCCAUGCUGGAACGUCAUGCAAUCAGAAGUCUCGAGUUUGACCCUGGACGACUUUUGCUUCAUUAGGAAACUUGGUGGUGGUGACAUUGGCUCAGUGUAUCUUGUUGAGUUGAAAGGUAAUAAUAAAGGUUGUUUGUUUGCUGCUAAAGUGAUGGAUAAAGAAGAAUUGGUUAGUAGGAGUAAAGAAAUUAGGGCAAGGACAGAAAUGGAAAUAUUAGAAAUGUUGGAUCAUCCAUUUUUGCCUACACUUUACACUACUUUUAAUACUGAUAAAUGGUCUAUUUUGUUGACUGAAUUUUGUCCUGGUGGUGAUCUUCAUGUUCUCCGGCAACACCUGCCGGAAAAGAGAUUCGAUGAAGCCGCGGUCCGGUUUUACACAUCAGAAGUUGUGGUUGCUUUAGAGUAUCUACAUAUGAUGGGAAUAAUAUAUCGUGAUUUAAAGCCAGAAAAUGUGUUAGUAAAAUUAGACGGUCAUAUUAUGUUAACUGAUUUUGAUCUUUCACUAAAAUGUGAUGAUUUAGUAAUGCCUCAACUUGUUCAUGACGAGGGUACUAGUCCAAAUUACAUACAUUGUAAUAAUUUAAAUGAUCAUAAUUCGCCUCCGUAUAAUUCAUCGUCAUCGUGUAUCUUGCCUAAUUGUAUCAUGCCACAAUAUGUCUCGUGUUGGUACUCUAAACACAUGAGAAGAAGAAGAAGAAGAAGAGGAGGAGGAUCGAGUGUUGCGAGACCCUUGAGGUUGAUAGCUGAGCCGAUCGAGACUCGAUCGAUGUCGUUUGUAGGGACCCACGAGUACUUGGCCCCGGAGAUCGUGUCAGGGGAAGGACAUGGUAAUGCGGUGGAUUGGUGGACGCUAGGGAUUUUCAUGUACGAGUUGCUUUAUGGUGUAACACCUUUUAGAGGACUUGAUAAUGAAUUCACCCUUUCUAACAUCGUGGCUCGAGCCUUUGAGUUUCCUAAAGAGCCAUUGGUUCCAAACAUGGCUAAGGAUUUGAUCAAUCAACUUUUGGUCAAGGACCCCACCAUGAGGAUGGGGUCCAUGAUGGGGGCCACAACAAUAAAACAACAUCCCUUUUUUGAUGGUGUGAAUUGGGCACUAUUGAGAUGUACAACACCACCUCAUAUUCCAUCAAAUUUCAAUAGUAAAAGAGACUUUGUCUCAUCUUAUGAUGAUGAUGAUUAUGUGGAUUAUUAUUAAUUUCGAGUAUCGAUUAUAGUUAUUUUUAUACUAUUAUAUUAAAUUUAUGUAUUACAACAUGUAACUAUUUGUAUUAAGUUUGAUAUAAUAGUCUAAAUGAUAUAAUCUGAGGCUAUUUAUAGUACCAAAAAAAUGAGAUAUGUUGAUGAAA